AACGCACGCCUUAUCAUCUUCGAACUUGUCUGUCUUGCUACGGGGGCACGGGAUAGUUUCUUUCUCGAAGAAGUCGCCCCCUUGUUGCAGCACAAUGGAAAGCCGACGACGGUAGUCGUGGAAGAACCAUUGUCGGAGCUUGUUGGCGACUGGCGUCAAGUGGGCAGUGCUCAUCUCCAUAACUUGAACGAGCGUGGAAACCAGGCAUCAUUAAAACACAUCGCCGAUGAUCAAUUAAUUUGUCUCCGAGACCAUAAAGCUCGAUUUGUCAAGGACGGUAAAAACUCGCUGUCGGCCCGCUUGGUGGCGGUUCCCCGGGGCAUUUUAGAUGCGGCCGGAGGACGAGCGAACCUCGUGCGUUUCUUGAACGAGUGCAUCGCGGCGAUGGUGGACCUCAACCUCGACACGGAUGACGCCGCGGAAUUAUCAGAGCUGGCAUCCAACGCGACCCUCGUGACCAUCUGCCCCCUGGUGCAGCUCUGCGGGCGGGAUUUUCGUCCCGCCCGCAAAGGCGCUCAGAAGAUGUCCAUGUUGCGUCACGUCUUUGCGAAAUGGCAAAUCGACAUGAUCUUCCGCUGCGAUGAUUUGGAGCUGCCUGCCAACGACUCCGCGCGGCAUUAUCUGGUCUACAACUUCGUCUUGUGCCACCGGACGGCGCGUCUCGUCAAGGCAUUCAGUCCCGACUUUGUCAUGGUUCGAGACUGGCGAUCCGUCUACGAGGUCGAAGCCAAGAAUGGACAAAGCGCGCGCCUCAUCGGCGAUUCUAUGAAGGAUACCUACGACCGCGCGUCGUACGAGACCAAGAUGUCGCACCUCGACUUCAUCCUCCACGCGCUCAACGGGAUCCAGCGCAAGUGGGUCUACCUCGAGCCCAUCUUCGGCCGCGGCAGCCUCCCCAACGAGGCCAAGCGCUUCAAGAGCGUCGACGAGGACUUCCGCGACAUCAUGCGCAACGUCGAGGCGGACCCGAAGCUCUUUGGCCUCGUGGACCCGCACGUCCACCGCGACAUCCGCCGGACGCUCGAGACCAUGCUCGACCAGCUCGACCGGUGCCAGAAGGCGCUCAGCGACUUCCUCGAGGAGAAGCGGUCCGCGUUCCCGCGGUUCUACUUCAUCGGCGACGACGACCUCCUCGAGAUCCUCGGCCAGGCGAAGAACCCGGCGGUGAUCCAGAGCCACCUGAAGAAGCUCUUCCAGGGCGUCUCGCGCGUCGUCUUUGACGACGCGAAGACGACGAUCACGGCCAUGGUCGUCGACCUCGAGACCGGCGUCGCGACGUCGGACCGCGUCGAGGAGUGGCUCGCGACGUUCACGGACGAGAUGAAGGCGACGCUCGCGAGCCUCCUCGCGAACUACCUCGCCGCGCUCGCGCGCGCGGCUGUGCGCGCGGGCGAGGCCGACUUCGAGGCGUACCCGUCCCAGGUGCUCUGCGUCGGCGAGCUGGUCCGCUUCGCCGACAGCGUCGAGGCGGGCCUCGACGGCGGCCUCGGCGACAUGGCCGCGCGCGCGCGCGCGCAGCUCGAGACGUACACGGGCCAGGACCUCAGCGGCAUGCCCGUGACGCAGCUCAAGGUCAAGGCGCUCGUCAUGGACCUCGUCCACAACAUGGACGUGCUCGACCAGCUCGACCGCGCGCGGUGCCGCGACGCGCACGACUGGGCCUGGCACAAGCAGCUCCGCUACUACGUCGGCGCGGCCGGCGGCGCCGAGGUCCGCAUGUCCGACGGGUCCUUCCGCUACACGUACGAGUACCAGGGCAACGCGGGCAAGCUCGUCCACACGCCCCUGACGGACAAGUGCUACCUCACGCUCACGCAGGGCAUGCACAUGGGCUUCGGCGGCAACCCCUACGGCCCCGCGGGCACGGGCAAGACCGAGUCCGUCAAGGCGCUCGGCAACGCGUUCGGCCGCCAGGUCCUCGUCUUCAACUGCGACGAGGGCGCCGACCCCGCGUCGACGCCCCGCAUCGACUUCCAGUCCAUGGGCCGCAUCUUCAUCGGCCUCGUCAAGUGCGGCGCCUGGGGCUGCUUCGACGAGUUCAACCGGCUCAAGGAGGACCAGCUGAGCGCCAUUAGCCAGCAGAUCCAGCUCAUCCAGGACGCGAUCAAGGGCCACAUCCCCGUGCUCCGGCUCCUCGGCCGCGACGUCGACGUCGACUUUGACGCGGGCAUCUUCGUCACGCUCAACCCGGCGGGCAAGGACUACGGCGGGCGGAGCCAGAUCCCCGACAACCUCAAGGCGCUCUUCCGGCCCGUGGCCAUGGGGCGGCCGGACAACGAGCUCAUCGCGCAGGUCUACCUCCAGGCCGAGGGCUUCACGCGCGCGCGCGACCUCGCCGUCAAGGUCGUGUCGCUCUUCGCGCUGUCGCGCCAGCUCCUCACGCCGCAGCGCCACUACGACUGGGGCCUGCGCGCGCUCAAGGCCGUGCUCAACACGGGCGGCAAGCUCGUGCUCGACGCGCGCGGCGCGGGCGGCGGCCUGCCGCCGGCCGCCGAGGGCGAGCUGCUCAUCAAGGCCGUCCGCGUGAACACGCCCUCGAAGCUGACCUUCGGCGACACGGCGCGGUUCCUGGCGCUCAUCGGCGACGUCUUCCCCGGCGUCGCGUCCGGCGACGUCGCCGGCGGCGCGCUCGAGGUCGCGAUCCGCGACGUCAUGGCGAGCGACGCGUUCCGCCUCACCGUCGACGAGGCCCAGGUCCGGAAGAUGCUCCAGCUCAAGGAGGCGCUGGACCAGCGCAUGGGCUGCGUCGUCGUCGGGCCGAGCGGCUGCGGCAAGUCGACGGUGCUCCAGGCCGCGCUCGCGAAAUGCGGCACGACGGUCAUGAACCCCAAGUCGAUGCCGCGGCAGCAGCUCCUCGGCGAGAUGGACCUGGACACGCGCGAGUGGAGCGACGGCGUCCUCACGGACGCGGCGCGCGCCGUCGUCCGCGAGCCGCCGGAGGUGCGGUCGUGGAUCGUCUGCGACGGCGACGUCGACCCGGAGUGGAUCGAGUCGCUCAACUCCGUGCUCGACGACAACCACCUCCUCACGCUCCCCAACGGCGAGCGCAUCGCCUUCGGCGACAACGUCAACUUCCUCUUCGAGACGCACGACCUCCGGUUCGCGUCGCCCGCGACCGUGUCGCGCAUGGGCAUGAUCUUCCUCAGCGACGAGGACAUCGACACGCGGCGCGUCGUGACCCGGUGGCUCCUGGGGCAGGACGCGGACCUCCGGCCGCGCCUCGAGGGCUGGCUCGACGACCUCUUCUACCGCGCGCUCGACUACGUCGUCGCGCUCGGCGCGUUCGUCGUCGAGACGACGCUCGUCGGCACCGUGCUCAACGGCCUCGGCGGCGUCGGCGGCGCGACGAGCAAGCUCGCCUUCGUCGCGGGCCUCGUGCGCGGCCUCGGCGGCAACCUCGGCGUCGGCGACCGCACGGCCUUCGCCAAGGAGGUCUUCGCGUGGGCCGGCGAGCGGCCGCCGGACCUCGGCGCGCCCCUCGACUGCGACUGCGAGCCCGGCGGCGACCGGCUCUUCCCCUACGCGGCGCGCUGCGGCGGCGUCGCCGGCGGCGACGGGGAGGCGCCGACGCUCGAGAGCGUCAUCGAGACCGUGUCGACGCAGCGGACCAUGGCCAUGCUCCGGCCCAUGGUCGAGGGCGGCGCGCCCUUCGUCGUCGUCGGCCCCGAGGGCUGCGGCAAGAACCUCAUGAUCCGCCACGCGUUCGCCGCGCGCCGCAAGGUCGGCGUCGCGACGCUCCACUGCUCCGCGCGCACGGACGCGAGCCACGUCAUCGCCAAGAUCGGCCAGUGCUGCAGCCUGUUCUCCGCGCCCGAGGGCCGCGUCUACCGGCCCCGCGACUGCGAGCGCCUCGUGCUCUACCUCAAGGACCUCAACCUGCCGCGGCCCGACGCGUACGACACGUGCAUGCUCAUCGCGUUCCUCCAGCAGCUCGUCACGUUCCGCGGCUUCUACGACGCGAGCCUCGAGUUCCUGCGCCUCGAGCACGUGCAGAUCGUCGCGUCGAUGAACCCGGCGACGACGGUCGGGCGCCACCCGCUGUCGACGCGCUUCACCGCGACGGUCCGCGUCUGCGUCCUCGACUACCCCGACACGGCGGAGCUCACGGCGGUCUACGCGGAGCUCCUCGAGAUCGCCCUCGACGCCGCGGGCGCGCGCGGCGGCGACGCGGCGGCCGCGAACCUCGCGCCCUUCUCCAAGCCCGGCGAGCGCGAGAAGCUCGCCGCGACGCUCGUCGAGGUCUACGAGCGCGUCAAGGCGACCUUCGUCGUCGACGACGCGCGCCACUACCUCUUCACGCCGCGCGACCUCAGCGCGUGGGUCUCGAACCUGCUCCGCUACGACCUCGCGAGCGAGGACCUCCUCAACGUCGUCGCCUACGAGGGGCUCCGGCUCUUCAAGGACCGCAUGGUCGACGCCGACGCCGAGGCCAAGCUCGACGGCAUCCUCGGCGGCGUGCUCCGGAGCCGCUGGCGCUUCGUGCCCGCGCUCGACGGCGUCCACUUCACGACGCUCGCGGCGGGCGCGAUCGGCGCCAAGGGCGGCGGCGGCGGCGGCGCGGCGCCCCUGCUCCGCCGCGUCGAGACCGCCGAGUUCCGCGCCGUCGUCGGCAAGGGCGUCGACUACUACGAGCGCGAGAACGCGGAGCUCCGCAUGCUCCUCUUCGACCGCGUGCUCGACCACGUCGCGCGCGUCGACCGCGUCAUCUCGCGGCCCGGCGGCAACCUGCUCCUCAUCGGCCGCUCCGGCGUCGGCCGGCGCACGGCCGUCCGGCUCGUCGCCUACAUGCGCGGCUACGCGUUCGUCGGCCCGACGGCGGUCCGCGCCGACGACGACGACGCGGUGAAGCACUUCCGGUCCGAGCUCAAGCCCGCGCUCCAGACCGUCGCCGUCGAGGGCCAGGAGGCCGUCUUCUACGUCGAGGACCACCACUUCGCCGUCGGCGCGUGCCUCGAGCUCGUCAACUCCGUGCUCUCCGCGGGCGCGGCCCCGGGCCGGGACCGGCCGGCGCUCCGGGCCGCGCGCGAGGUCCCGGGCCUCUUCGGCGCCGACGAGCUCGAGGGCCUCUUCGCGCAGCUCCGCGAGCCCAUGGCCGACGAGGGCACGGCGCUGAGCCCCUACGAGUUCUUCGUCGCCCGCGUCCGCGCGCGGCUCCACGCCGUGCGCUGCGAGUCGAACCCGGCGCUCUUCACGCGCUGCACGAUCCUGUGGAUGGGCGCGUGGCGCCGCGACACGAUGCGCGCGGUGCCCGCGAUGAUGGACGGCGUCCGGAAGCUCAUCCUCGCCGACGGCGCCGGCGACGGCGACGACGCGGCCGCGGCCGGCGCGCCGGCGCCGCCGCGCGCCGCGGAGCGCAAGGGCGGCGAGGCCAAGGCCGCGCGCCGCGAGGGCAAGUCGGCCCGCGGCGAGGGCAAGGGCGGCGAGGGCAAGGGCCGGGGCGGCGCCGCGGCGCCCGCGCCCCGCGGCGGCGGCGGCGGCGACGCCGGCGGCGACGUCGACGACCAGCUCCUCGAGGCGAUCGCGUCCAUGCACGAGUCGGCCGCCGCGGCGUCGCCGCGCGAAUUCGUGCUCUUCCUCGAGAACUGGCGCAUGCUCCACGACCAGAUGCGCGGCGGCAUCCGCACGAAGCUCAGCCACCUCUCCGCGGGCCUCGCGAAGCUCGAGGAGGCGUCGGCGACGGUCGACAGCCUCUCGAACAACGCCGAGGUCGAGCAGGCGAAGCUCGUCGAGGCGCAGAAGGGCGCCGACGCGGCCAUGGAGAUGAUCACGAAGACGCUGAGCGAGGCGACGGGCCGCCGCGGCGAGGUCAACGACCUCAAGACCGAGGUCACGCGCCGCGAGGAGCACACGAUCAGCCGCCAGGGCGAGAUCAAGCAGGAACUCAGCAGCAUCCAGCCCGUCCUCGAGACGGCCAAGGCCGCCGUGGGGCAGAUCAAGGCCGAGCACCUCAACGAGAUCCGGAGCCUCAAGAUGCCGCCCGAGCCCAUCGCGGACGUCCUCGGCGCCGUGCUCAAGCUCCUGGGCAUCAGCGACGUGAGCUGGACGUCCAUGAAGAAGUUCCUCGGGAACCGCGGCGUCAAGGACGAGAUCCUCAACUACGACGCGCGGCGCAUCGGCGGCGAGAUGCGCAAGGACGUCGCGCGCCUGCUCAAGCAGAAGUCGACGAGCUUCGACCAGGCGACGAUCACGCGCGUCUCCGUCGCGGCCGCGCCGCUCGCGGCCUGGGUCAAGGCGAACAUCCGCUACAGCGUCGUCCUCGAGAAGAUCCAGCCCCUCGAGGCCGAGCUCGCGCGCGCCGAGGAGGACCUCGCCAAGUGCACGCUCCGGCUCCGCCAGUGCGAGGACGAGAUCGCGACGAUCGACGACCGCGUCGCCGCGCUCAAGGCCGAGUUCGGCGACAAGACGCGCGAGGCCGAGAAGCUCCGCGCGCGGCUCGCGCUCGCCGAGGGCACGCUCGACAAGGCGCAGCACCUCCUCGGCAAGCUCAGCGGCGAGCAGGCGCGGUGGCAGACGCAGGCCGGCGACCUCCGGUCCGAGCUCGCGAGCCUGCCGCGCCAGCUCCUCGUCGCCGCGGGCUUCCUCACGUACCUGAGCCGCUGCCCCGAGGACGCGCGCGAGGCCGCGCUCGCGGACUGGACGGCCACCGUCGGCCUCGCGGCGUUCGACUUCACGUCGCUCCUCGCGACGGAGUCGCGGCUCCUCGCGUGGAAGCAGGUCGGCCUGCCCGCGGACCCGCUGUCCAUGGAGAACGCGCUCGUCGUCGCGCACAACCCGGGCGCGCGCGUGCCCUUCGUCAUCGACCCCGCGGACGCCGCGCGCGCGUGGCUCGUCGCGCACUACGGCGGCGACGACGGCCGGCCCCUCGAGGUCCUCCAGAGCGCGGACGCGCGCUUCGGCACGACGGUCGAGCUCGCCGUGCGCUUCGGCAAGACGCUCCUCAUCUUCGACCCCGUGCUCUACCCGCUCGCGCGCCGCGACCUGGCCAUGAACGGCCCGCGCGCCGUCGUCCGCGUCGGCGACCGCACCGUCGACUUCCACGAGAACUUCCGCCUCGCGCUCGUGACGCGGAACCCGACGCCGGACCUGCCGCCGGACGCGGCGGCGCUCUGCACGCUCGUCAACUUCACGGUCACGCGGAGCGGCCUCGAGGGCCAGCUCCUCGGCGCGACGAUCCAGCACGAGGAGCCCGAGCUCGAGACGAAGAAGACGGCGAUGCUCAAGCAGGAGGAGGACUACAAGAUCAAGCUCGCGGGCCUCGAGACGGACCUGCUCGAGGCGCUCGCCACGGCCGAGGGCGACCUGCUCGAGAACGCGCUCCUCAUCGAGAGCCUCACGCGGACCAAGGAGGCGAGCCGCGAGAUCUCGGACGCGCUCGCGGCGUCGGCCGAGGCGUCCGCGACGCUCGACGCGCGCCGCGAGGCGUACCGCGGCUUCUCGCGCGACGGCAGCCGGCUCUACUUCCUCGUCCGCGACCUCGUCCUCGUGAACCCCAUGUACCAGGUGUCGCUCGCGUCGUUCGUGCGCCUCUUCGAGGCCGCGCUCCGCGACGGGUCCGUCGCCGCGGACGGCGCGCUCGACGAUCGCCUCGCGCGGCUCACGCCGCUCCUCGAGCGCCUCGCCUUCUUCUUCGUGGGCCGCGGCCUCUUCAAGGCCGACCGCUGCAUGUUCGCGCUCCACGUCGUCCACGGCAUGCACGCGGAGCACUUCCUCGACCACGAGUGGGAGCUCUUCACGGGCGAGCUCGCGGCCGACGGCGCGGGCGACGCGCCGCCGGACGCGGCCGGCGGCCGCCGCGGCCGCGGCGACGGCGACGGCGACGGCGCCGGCCGGCGGCCCCGGGGCCUCCCGGCGUGGGCGGGCCUCGACCGCGCGCCCGCGUUCGCGAACAUGGCCGCGCACCUCGGCGGCCUCGUGCGCCGCCUCGACCUCGAGAACGCCGCGCGCUGGUCGCGCUGGGCGCGGAGCCCCGAGUGCGAGCGCGACUUCCCGCCCGAGGCCGUCCGCGAGUGCACGCCCUUCCAGCGCGUGCUCGUCACGCGCUGCUUCCGGCCCGACCGCCUCAUGUCCGCGCUCAGCGCCUUCGCCUGCGAGGUCCUCCGCGUGCCGUCGCUCAGCCCGCCGCCGCUGAGCUUCGCGACGCUCUACGAGACGGAGACGGAGGCGCGGACGCCGACGCUCCUCAUCACGACGGCCGGCGCGGACCCGAGCCGAGGCGCCGCGCGAGCCGAGGGGCGCGCGCGCCCCGGCGGCCGGGAUCCGCGCGGGCGAUCGCGCCUCCCGAGUCGGUCGCGCGCGGCGCGCGGCGCGCGGGCCCCGCGGUCCCGUCCCGCGCGCGGGACGCGGGCUCCUCUCCUAGGCGCGGACCCGAGCAAGGAGCUCGCCGACUUCGCCGCGUCCGUCGUCGGCGCGGACCGCUACACGUCGCUCGCGAUGGGCGGCGGCACGCACGACCUCGCGAUGUCGCUGCUCGCGGACGCGUCCGCCGCGGGCACGUGGCUCUGCUUCCAGAACCUGCACCUCGUCGUCGCUUGGCUGCCGGCGCUCGAGAAGGCGCUCGCCGGCGUCGAGCAGAGAUGCGCGUUCCCGCGCGUGCUCCUCCAGCAGGCGCUCAAGGUCACCUUCGAGUCGCCGCCGGGCACGAAGAAGAACGUGCAGCGGACGCUCGCGAUCUGGGGCCGCGAAUUCUUCGAGCGCGGCGAGCGGCGCCGGCCGAUGCUCCUCCUCUGCCUCGCCGUCUCCCGCGGCGUCGCUCCAAAGGUCUUCCACGCCAUCCUCCAGGAGCGCCGCACCUACAUCCCGCAGGGCUGGACCAAGUCCUACGAGUUCUCCGUCGGCGACCUCCGCGCGGGCGCGUUC